GGAAUAUUCGAAAAAGGCGCAAGCAGUCUGUAGCGACUUCGUCAAUCUGACAUCAAUCAACCUAUAAAAUACCUCUUUUUCUUAUAGCGCAGACUCUCUUUUUCCCCCAAAAUAUCAUUUCAUAAUCCAUUUCCCAUUUUGCUGAAACCCUAGCCACCCCCAAACAAAACCCUAACCCCAUGGCCCGAAAACGGAAAACCCGCGCUGCUGAACUCCCUCAGGAGCCCGAAAUUGUGCAGCCGGCGGAACCCGAUCCCGAGCCGGAGCCCGAACCCGAGCCCGAGCCUGAGGUCAAGGCCGAGGUUGAGGUUGAGGUUGAGUCCGAGCAGACAGUAGGAGAAGGAGAAGGCGAAGGAGAAGAAGAAGAAGUGGUCGAAGAGGAAGAGGAGGAAGAAGAGCCGCCUGAGGACCACAUGGAGGAGCAGAAGGAUGAGGAUAUUCCGGAGACGAACCAAUCUGGAGGUGAAAUUAAAGAGGAAAUUAAAGAAGAGCCCUCCGAGAACACUAUUUCUGAGAAUGGCAGUGGUGGUGGCGCUGAAGGAGAGGACGACCAAGGAGAAGAAGAAUUUGAGGAAGAGCCCUUGGAGAAGCUUCUUGAACCCUUCUCCAAGGACCAGCUCACUCUUCUAAUCAAGGAAGCCCUUGGAAAACACCCAGAUCUAGCUGAGAUUGUGCACAGGAUGGCUGACUCCGACCCCGCCCACUGCAAGAUUUUUGUUCACGGCCUCGGCUGGGAUGCCAAUGCGGAGACAAUUACGUCUGUGUUCGGCAAGUAUGGUGAGAUUGAGGAUUGUAAGGUGGUCAGAGACAAGAAUUCUGGCAAAUCCAAGGGAUACGGAUUUAUUCUUUUUAAGAACCGGGAUGGGGCUCGUCGCGCCCUCAAGGAACCUCAGAAGUUGAUUGAAGGCCGGAUGACUUCUUGCCAGCUGGCUUCGGCUGGCCCAGUUCAGACUCCCACCCAGACUGCAGCGCCAACCGUUUCUGUACCACCUGCGUCAGAGUACACGCAGAGGAAGAUAUACGUUAGCAAUGUGUCUGCGGAACUUGAGCCGAAAAAGCUUUUGGAGUACUUCUCGAAAUUUGGGGAGAUUGAGGAAGGGCCUUUGGGGUUGGACAAACAGACUGGAAAGCCUAGGGGUUUCUGUUUGUUUGUGUAUAAGAGUAUUGAAAGUGCAAGAAAAGCACUGGAUGAGCCGCACAAGCAUUUUGAGGGUCAGAUACUGCACUGCCAGAAGGCGAUAGAUGGCCCUAAACACAGCAAGGGUUACUUCAACCAGCAGCAUGGUCAGCCUCAGCAGCAGCAGCCACAGCAACAGCAGCAGCAACAUCAUCACCAGGGGCACCAAGGGUAUUAUCAUCAUCCGGCUAAGAAGGGGAGGUAUGCUGGUAGUGGCGGUGUGGGGCACACAGGUGGACACUUGAUGGCUCCAAGCGCCGGACCAGCUGUUCCUUCUGUAGGGUUUAAUCCAGCAGUUGCCCCUGCUGCCAUAGGACAGGCCGUGGCAGCUCUGUUGGCCACGCAGGGGGCUGGAUUGGGUAUUGGCAAUUUGCUCGGGGGGAUUGGAGCAGGUGUGAAUCCACAGGGAGUACCACCUAUGAUGAACAAUGCUGGUUACGGAGGUCAAGGUGCUGGUGGUGGCUAUGGAGGUCAACCUGGUAUGCAGGGAGGUUAUGGUGGCCAGCCACAGAUGGGUCAAGGUGGCGUAAGGCCACAUCAGGGUGGGGCACCCUAUAUGGGUCAUGGUCACUAGGUAAGUGGAGAUUCUUCAUAAAUGCAUCAAACUUUUUGUUUUGGACUCUGGUGAUUCUUCUGAAGUUCGGGCAAUCAUGCAAAUGAAGUCUUUCCUUGUAGCAAAAAGUUUCCAUUUGCCUAAAGAGUAGAAUCUAAAAAUAUGUACCGUGUUUCUCUUUUUAUUACUUUUAUCUGUCGAAUAUUUUCUAAAAUAUGUCUUAUUUUGGUCCAAUAACAACUUUUCGAAAGGGUUGAGAACCAGUGGCUUGAUUCCUA